UGACCCGAGUGCUCUCUAAUUAGAACUUUUAAUUAACUUAUUAAAGUUAAUAGACUAAACCUUAAUAAAAAUGUCUGACAAUUCUGAAGUUGAGGAAGAAGAAGAUGAAGAAUUGACUCCUUCUCCUCCUCCUCCAUUGAAGGACUUUCCUUGUGGUAUAUGCUUUGAAGAAGUUAAAGACGAAGAUGAGGGUAUAUUGUGCGAGAGUGGUUGUGACAAGUGGUAUCACAGGCAGUGUGCUGGGAUGAGUAAGAAUGCUUACGACCUCCUGACGAGAGAGGACAGUGCAGAGUGGGCAUGUGACACGUGCAUUAAAAAGAAUAACAUUCCGAUGACAAAAAUGGUCCCUAUUACGUGAAUGCUGCUUUUAUUUCAUUAUUAUCACAUGACUUGACCACUUUAUCACACGUUUUUCAUUCAUCACCUUUAAAAACUCAUAAAAA